UACACUCUUCGCACACUAGUGCUCAACUCUCUGCGCAGCGAACAGCUGUUUCUUGUUUUUAGCUGCUGACUGGAAUUUGGUUAAGAGACGCAACAAAAUGCCGGAGCCACGCAGCCCAAUGGCCAGCUUUGUACAAUCCGUGCAAAAUGCUAUCGAUGGACCAAUUACCUGGUUUCGCGAGACAAUUGUGGAGCCGAACCAACAGAAAUCGAACUGGUAUCAUCAGCGCUUUCGCCGCGUGCCUACCAUCGAUGAGUGCUACACAGACGAUGCCGUCUGUCGCUUCGAGGCGGAUCAGCAAUUCCGGCGCGAUCGCAUGGUGGACAAUGAGAUUUUGAAUAUCCUGCGGCAACGCUUCGAGGAUUGCACCUUGUACGAGGCGCCCGAUCACAUGGUCAAGUGCAAGCCGCUGAUGGAUCAGUACCAGCAAGCUGCCGAGAAUUGGUUUAUCAAGUAUGGCGAUUUGGGCGGCUAUGCCAAUGCCAAGACCGCUUUCAUGAAGCAGAAGCACCGUUUGAUCUGGGAGCGUCGCCACGGACCCGUUGGCAGCGGCAUGAAGGAUGACGAGCAAAUACCUGCCCACUAAAUAGAAAUAUUUCGUGCAACAAUUUUCCAACACACCAAGCAAAUGUUCGUGGAUUUACAUAAAAUAUACACACCUAAAAAAUGUAGAA